UUUACCGUUGGACCGCGCCGACGGGCCGCACGGGACGCGCCCCAGCCCAAGCAAAUGACACGCGGGCCCCAUCUGCUGGUUACCCCACACGGCAGCGAGACCGGAACGAGUCCGCGAAGUGAGAGAGACCGGGAGAGGGCAGUAACUAUUCAUUGCUACAGGCGCGGGGGGCGAUCCAACGGCCAGAAUUUUUCACCGCAUCGAUCGAACGGUCUGAAACGCAUCAAGCAAAUUGAUCCAACGGCCAGAAAUCGCUAAUCGCUGAGAGCGUUCGGUAAGCGUCUGAAUCCUUAUUUCUCGAUAUGUACCAAUCGUGCCACAACAAUCAAUUCGUGAUGGCCAAGACAUCCCAAGGCAGGAAUAGAGGCUGGAUUUAGCCCAACGGUAAAAGACAGACACAGUAACUACGACAACUGGAUAGUAAAUAGUGUCCGAGCGAUCACAGCCGCCGAGCGACGCUAACAGCUGAUGGAGCGACGACGGCCGUCGGAUAGUCGCGAAGCGUUAACUGAAGAUGCGUUGCCGUUUACUGAAUAGUAUAUGGCGACCUGCGUCAGGUACCUGACAGCAACGCACCGCCGCCGCGAGCUACCGGCAGAAAGCAGCCCAAGCGAAAGCGAGCCGCCUGCCUGCCGGCGUGGCGCGGCGGUGCUCGUCACUCGUUUGCGUCUCCACCAUUGCUUAGGAUGAACUUGGCGAUAAGGAAGGUAUAACAGCACUGCGCAAAAGGCGAGAUUCCCUGCCUCCCCAGCCAUGCCAUGCCGCACCCCUCUCGGUGUCCGCCCCCGGUGGGCUUGGAAUCUCCCGUCCCUUUCGCUCUAUACAAGCCCCACUUCCUCCUCCCCUGCCCCAGCCCCCGCGCACGCCAUCUGUUCGACGUAUUGCCGACAUGGCGCUCCCUCGCGCGGGCGUCCUGAUCUUUGGUCUUCUGUGCGUGUUCCAACUGUCACAUUCAUCGUCAGACAAGGACGACUUCACCAAGGUCAGGGCGGUGAACUUGGGAGGCUGGCUGGUGGUGGAGGGGUGGAUCAAGCCUUCCUUGUUUGAUGGCAUCCCAAACGGGGACAUGCUGGAUGGCGUGCAGGUGCAGCUCAAGUCUGUUGCCCUCCAGAAGUACGUGAGUGCAGUUGGCGGUGGCGGUGGAAAUGUGAACGUGGACCAGGAUGCUGCUUCUACAUGGGAGACUUUCAAGCUGUGGAGAGUUUCUGAUAGUGAAUUUCAGUUCCGGUGCCUUAAUGGUCAGUUCUUAACAGCGAGUAAUCAGAAUGUGAUAUCAGCAACUGCAGAUUCACCAGGAGACUCCGAAACAUUUUAUAUCGAACGAAAUAAUACUAUGCUUCACAUCAAGCUUGUAAACGGGAGCUAUUUGCAGGUCACAAACAACAAUCAGCUUACUUCAAACUAUCGGUCCCAACCUGGAUGGGGUGAUGAUAUGGCAACAUUCCAAAUGACAAUAGCUGCCAACAACUUGCAUGGAGAUUACCAGCUUGCUAAUGGGUAUGGACCUGCGCAGGCAAAAGCAGUCUUGACUGAACACCGAAAGAGCUUUGUUACUGGAAAUGACUUCCUUAUCCUCUCGCAAAACGGUAUAAAUGCGGUCAGGAUUCCAGUUGGAUGGUGGAUUGCGUAUGAUCCUGAUCCACCCGCUCCAUUUAUUGGUGGCUCCCUUGAGAACCUUGAUAGAGCAUUCUACUGGGCACAGGUUUAUGGCUUGAAGUGCAUCAUCGAUCUUCAUGCGGCUCCUGGAUCUCAAAACGGAAUGGAGCACAGUGCUAGUAGGGAUGGUUCAGUAGAUUGGCCUUCAGAGGUUAACAUACAGAAAACUCUGGAUGUCAUUAAAUUUUUAGCUCAAAGGUAUGCAGACGAUUCCUCGCUUCUAGGUAUUGAGCUUCUGAACGAGCCUUCUGCAGGAGCAGUCCCACUAGACACUCUAGUGUCGUAUUACAAAAGAGGCUACAAAAUUGUACGAAGUUAUUCGGAGACAGCUUAUGUUAUAUUCUGCCAGAGGAUAGGGAAUGCAGACCCAAUGGAGCUUUAUCAGGCUGAUCUGGGCCCAACUAACACUGUUGUUGACUUGCAUUACUACAAUCUGUUUGAUCCUUAUUAUGAGAAGCUUAAUGCAACAGAGAACAUACGGUUCGUUUACGAAAAGAGACUGCCUCAGGUGCGGGCCUUGAACAGCGCAAAUGGACCUCUUGUUUUUGUCGGAGAGUGGGUGAAUGAAUGGAAUGCGGCAAAUGCUUCACAGAUUCAAUACCGAUCUUUUGGAAAAGCUCAAUUGGAGGUCUUCGGAGAAGCCUCCUUUGGCUGGUCUUAUUGGACAGUCAGGUGCAACAGCGUGCACUGGGAUUAUGAAUGGAACGUAAGGAAUAGGUAUCUUCUUAUUGGGGGUUCGCCAUUACAAAGAGCAAAUUACAUGAUGCUUGUGGCAGGAUGUCUUGUGUAUCUUUUGUUAUUGACGUUGAUACAAUAGACAUAUGGCAAAAAAAAAUAGUCCACAUUUGACAGGAAGAUUUAUUGAAGCGUCAAAGACAA